AUGGCCACCCCCAAGACCUCCAAAGCCUUCCGACGUAGCAGGGGAGCAGGCAACAAAACACUCGAGCCCGUUACAGAAAAGAUCCCGUCCACUCUCAAGCCUCAUGACGUCUUGAUUCGCAUUCAUGCCGUCUCGCUGAAUUACAGAGACGUAGCAAUGUUGCACGGGAAGUACCCAAUCAAGUUUCUCGACAGAGGUAUCCCAGCCUCAGACUGCGCUGCUGAAGUUGUUGCGGUUGGAUCAGAGGUCAAAGAUUUUGAGAUUGGAGACCAUGUCGCGCCUAUCUUUGACGUGAUGAACAUCAACGACACCGAAGAGGAGAAGGCGGCGUUGGGAGGACAUGUCGAUGGAGUGUUACGCCAAUAUGCAGUGUUUGAUAGAAACGUAUUGUUUCACUUGCCCAAGUACUUGUCUUGGGAAGAGGUAGCUACUCACCCCUUCAAUUCCAUGAACGUGAACACUGAGGUGCUGAUUCGCUCCAUAGGCAGCAUGUAUCACUUGUGCUGGUACAACAGCAUGGAGAUCAUUGUUUAUGCCUCGCUCACAAGGCACUGCUCUACUUCAAGUAUUAAUUUCCUCCCUCCUUUUCUAGGAACCGGAGGAGUGAGCAUGUUUGCCCUUCUCAUCUGUCUAGCUGCCGGAAUUCGUCCAAUCAUCACCUCGUCUUCCGACCAGAAACUUGACCGAGUGAGAGCUCUGGGAAAGCCAGGAGAAGUUGACACAAUCAACUACCGAACUCACCCUAACUGGGAAGAAGAGGUGCUUCGCCUCACACGGGGCCGAGGAGUCGACUUUGUCAUCGAGACCGUGGGGCCCAGAACGAUAGCUCAGAGCAUCGCCUCGCUCGCACGGAGAGGGUCCAUUACCAUAGUAGGUUUCCUGGGGGGGUUCGACGUCAAAAGCUUUCCCGACACUAUCACGCCGCUCUUAACAAAGACUGCCACCAUCAGAGGAGGUGCCGUCGGCUCCAAAAUCGACCAUCAGAAUUUGUCCAGCUUUCUGUCAGAGAAGAGAAUCAGUUUGAAGCCUAUUCUGGAUAAAACAGUCUUCUCCUUUGAUGAUUCCCAGGCGGCUUUUGAUUACUUAUAUGAGGCGAAGCACAUGGGAAAGGUCGUCAUUAGGAUGUAA